CUAAUCAACAAGAGUGUAAUGCAUUUUAAAUUGUUUGCGGGUGUUUUAGUAUUAUUUUUAAAAAUUUAUAUCAUAAAUGCCUAUUGUCAGGUAGCACAAUGUCCUAAUCUAAUAUUGUGGCUGCAAAAUUUAAUAAAACAUCCAAAACUGCCCUUUUGUGAUACGGAAAUUAGAUGCAAACGUAAUGUCAUUUAUUUAUUGUAUGAUGUUAAUCCGCCCGAAGGUUUUAAUUUACGUCGUGAUGUUUACAUACGUUUAGCGGUAUUCGUAAGGAAUAUUCAAAAGGAAAAUGAACGGUUUCGUAAUUUACGUUUAGUCUUACCACCAUGGCGCCGCCUGUAUCAUUGGAAAUCCCAUCAUUUGCAACAAGAUCAUUUGCCAUGGAGUGAUUUUUUCGAUAUUGAAAGUUUAAGGCGUUUCGUUGCUGUUCUAGAUUUUCCAGAAUUCGUUCGAGAAAUCUCCUUAUACGAGUUGGAAAGCAAACCCUUCGUUACGAUUCAUAAAUUAUUGCAGUUACAGCAUUUUAAAGAUAUGUUUGAAAGUGGUGUAUUUACCGAUAAAUGGGAAUUUACGCCAGAAUGCCAAGGAAAUGAGAAAUUACUGCAAGGCUCAUACUUAAAAGAAUUGCCACUUUUUUUAAGGCCAUUACAUGUUCGAUGUGUGCAUUAUCAGGGAGGAGCAAAUCUCUUGGGUAGUGUUCUACAAACGGUUUUAGAUGAAUGGGCGGAUGUAGAUGAAACACCAAAAGUAAUAGCGAUUUUAAAUGCUGAAAUUGUCCUACAUGAUCGAUGGGCAGAUCGUCAAUUUUGGCAAGCAAGGCGUUCAAUGCGUUUUUCCUAUAAACUCAACGAAAUAGUUAAUCAGUUUCGUUUGCAGCAUUUUAAUAGUACCGACAUUACGGACAACGUGCAACGUCCUCCUAUGUGGGAAUACGAACACUCUUCUCAUAAUGAUCAGUCGAUAGGAGGCCCUUAUCUUGGCGUGCAUCUUAGACGCGCUGAUUUCUUGUAUGGUCGUGAAUCUACGACACCUACCUUGAAGUCCGCUGCUCUUCAAAUCAAAUAUUACCUACAACAGCUAAAUCUUAAUACAGUAUUUUUGGCCACUGAUGCUACCGCUUUUGAAAUAAAAAAUCUCAAAUCUUACUUAUCACGCACGCACGUUCUUCGUUUUACUGUGGACAGUAUUGCGCAAAAAGCUUCUAUUAAGGAUGGUGGAAUUGCUAUUAUUGAUCAGUUGGUGUGUUCGUAUGCCCGCUUUUUUGUGGGAACUUACGAAAGUACCUUCACUUAUCGUAUUUAUGAAGAGCGUGAAAUUUUGGGCUUUUUAAGGCAUACCACAUUUAAUACAUUCUGUAAAAAAUCGACUAUGGAAGACUGCUUAAAAAAUUCGAUGUGGCCUAUAGUUUAUUGAAGUAACAGUAAUUAUACUGUUCGUAAAUUCGUGCAAAUUGAAUAAGUAAAAGAAGGAUACUCAUAACAUUACGUAAAUUUAAGGAUAAAAUAUUACUCAAUACACACACAAGAAGAAAAUGUCUUGAAAGUCUUUUAAAAUCGCUGAAAAAAGAUCAAAGAUCCAGUUUUUUCUUUUUUACUAAAGCAUAUUGCUCACACCGGAUAAUUUUCUCCACGCAUGAUCGAUGGUCAAAGGGAAUUGAUCAUUUGAUCCGCCCAUUAGCAGUGUUCAUGAGCCGCGCUCGCUUUUCAAUGAAUGUGGUCAGGCCGUGAACGUGAAUAGCAAACGUUUUCUUUUUCGCUUAUUAUUAAAACAAAGCGAAUACCUUUGAUAUCUCCGGUAAUAUGGGAAUGGGCUGAGGAGCGUCCUUAACACAGAAGCACACCAUAAACGUUGUUCUUAAACACCAUUUUCUUUUAAGAUAUUUCGUCAAAAUGUUUUUUGUUUGGUUUGGUGUCACAAAUUUUAUUAGCGAACUGUCUGCUUUACCAAGGGUGUCCCUUAUUGGUCUGAUUAAUCAUAAUGCAAUGCGGGAACACAGUUCUUGUGCUGUACUUUAUGAAAUAUUUCGUGAUGAUAGGGACAGAAUCCAAAUCUCAGAGAUAGUUUAUAUUAUUCGAUAUACACAUUAGUUCCUUCAAAAAACAUAUCUGAGGCGUUCAAUUUGCCCGAAACUUGAGGUAUAGGUACGUCAGAUAUUAAGAUUUGAAUGGUGUGAGCUACGGGUGUGGACAGGUUGUCAUUAAGUGUAUAUCAAAGUUUAAAGAGAUGAAUGUAACUUUUCUGUGCUUUUCCGAAAAAAAUGCGCCUGAAGCUGCGGAUAUGGAUAACGUGGGUUGAUUUAAAAAUGCAGUAAGUUACAAGACAGGUAGAAGCCGAUUUAAGUCAUUUUGUGCAAAAAUGUUAGCCUUGAAGACCAUGAAAAUUAGUAUACGUCUGUCCGUCUUUAUCAAAAGUAAGCCAGAAAAUAACUUUCAAUUUAACUUGGGAAGUUUUACCACACUCCCCAUGCUUUUUAGACCUGGUUUCUU